UCUCUUGGUCGCGGGGAGAGUCCCCCCCCCACAAACCUUGGCCUCCCUCAGGUGUGACCCUUUUCGGCUGGGAGGGGUGGGAUCCAGGAGCUGUCACUGUGCAGGUGGGCCCGCUUUUGACCCUCAUGGUCUUUCCCCUGCAACAGGGACCGAAGAAGUGGCUGCAAAAAGGGCCCGGGCUGCAGCGUUGCAUGCUGUUGCAGGUGCUGUGUGUGUGCGUGUGUAACCUCAGAGGCUGAGGAGCUUGUGGCAGCCCCUGUUUCCUGUCGUGUAGGAAGCUGUCAGGUGCCAAGAAGCAGGCAUUUGUUCCUUGCCAGAGAGAUUGACCACAAAGAAUCGCCAAGAUAGCUGGCUCGGGAAGAAAACGUCGCACCCCUGACCCAGACUCUGUCACCGACCCCGGCGGGCCGUUUGUCUCAUCCAAACGGCUGAAAAUGUCCAACAGUGCCAGCAUCCCUGGCCAGAGAAGAGCAGCACGGGGCGUGGAAGAUGCAACCAGCAAGAAGAAGCAGAAGGACCGAGCCAAUCAGGAGAAUAAGGAAGGCGAGAGACCAGUUGGCAGUGACUCAAAGAAAGAGCCUUUCCCUGGCCUGGCGCUGGUAGAGCCCAACUGGCAGAGGGAAUCGGAGGAGGACCUGCUGCUGGACUGGAAGCAGAAUGCUCAUGAAAUUAUUGUCAAGCUGAACUUGGGCGGCGGAGUCCUGAAGGGAGAGGAAGUGGAUACAUCUUUCACAGACACCAGUUGUGUUGUCAAGUUACCUGAUGGCCGUGAGUGGAGCUGCCAGUUAUUUGCGGAGAUUGAGAGCUCCUGCAGCAAAGUCCAGUACAAGAAGGGCAAUAUCCUACAGCUGGUGCUACAAAAGAAGAUCCCGUUGCACACUUGGGCUUCGCUUUUGAAACGCUGCAAGGAUGGCUCAAGGGAGCAGACGAAGAGGCCUGCGUGUAAGGAGAAUGGCAAGGGAAAACCCCCUUCUGUGGUGGAGGUGCCUGAGGAGCCCCAGCCUGACAGCACAGCGGAGCCCUCCAGGGGCAAACGGGAGCCCUCCAACCCAAAGCGAGGCUCUGGGAGGAACGAGGCUGCAGGAGGGAAGAGCCCAGCCAGUCCAGGACUGCCAGCUGGCCCUAGUGCCAAAAGGGCAGUGGGUGUCAAAGCUAGCCUGUCCGAGGAGGAAGGAAACAGCUUGGGGAGCACAGGACUCAGUGGGAAAGCCGGCAACCCGAGAAAUGACAAGGGAGCCCAAGGCGAUGCCCCGCCAGACCUAAAGGCUGACAACUUGGAGAGGGUGUCGGUGCCCGUGGAAACGCAGCUGCUUACAGUCUCUGCAGACUCAUUGCCCUGCCAGCUUCGGCCCUGCCCAGAGAAGAGGGCUCCACAGCCAGCCACUUCCUCUGAGACUCCGCAGGGGCCAGAAGUCGCUUCUGCCUUCAGCGAAGGCCUCACCUCCUCUCCGCCAUCCAGGGACACUGAGAAAAGAGGCCGGUCCGAGGACAGCAAUGCCCUUGAGGCUGUUGCUAAUGAACCAGAGCCCACAGUGAAUCUGACGUUCGUGAAGAACGACUCGUAUGAGAAAGGGAACGAUUCUAUGGUGGUGCACGUUUAUGUGAAGGAGAUUCACAAGGCGAUGUCCAGGGUGCUCUUUCGGGAGCAGGACUUCACACUGUUGUUCCAGACAAGUGAUGUCAACUUCCUGCGACUGCAUCCAGAUUGUGGCUCUCAUACAGUAUUCAGGUGGCAAGUGAAACUCAGGAACCUCAUAGAGCCAGACCAGUGUACGUACAACUUCACCCCCGCUCGCAUCGACAUCUGCUUGAAGAAGCGGCACAGCCAGCGCUGGGGGGGCCUCGAGGCUCCUGCCGCACGAGGUCUGCACCUUGACUUUUGUGCAGUGGGUGGUGCGAAGGUUGCCAUGCCAACAGGCCCUACUCCCCUGGAUAAAAGCCAGCCUGGAAGUAACCAGCACCCGCUGUCCACUAAGGAGGAGGCACGAGUGGGAGAGAAGGAGAAGCCGCGAGCAGAGGAGAGCAGCCUGGACGGCGUAGCCGCUCGGACGGUGACGGAACAUGUGCCAGUGAAGCAAGAACCACUCGUCCCCUCGCCCAAGCCAACAUGCAUGGUCCCACCCAUGACUCACAGCCCCGUCAGCAGCGAAAGCGUGGAGGAAGAGGAGGAGGAGGAGGACAAGAAGGUGUGCCUGCCCGGUUUCACGGGGCUGGUGAACCUGGGCAACACCUGCUUCAUGAACAGUGUUAUCCAGUCUCUCUCCAACACCCGGGAGUUGCGGGACUUCUUUCAUGAUCACUCCUUUGAGUCCGAAAUCAACUACAACAAUCCCCUGGGAACUGGGGGGCGCCUGGCUAUCGGCUUUGCAGUGCUGCUGAGGGCGCUUUGGAAAGGCACACACCACGCCUUCCAGCCCUCCAAGCUGAAGGCGAUUGUGGCCAGCAAGGCCAGCCAGUUUACAGGCUAUGCUCAACACGAUGCCCAGGAAUUCAUGGCUUUUCUGCUGGAUGGGCUCCAUGAGGACCUGAACCGCAUUCACAGCAAGCCCUACACUGAAACGGUAGAUUCAGAUGGACGACCUGAUGAGAUUGUUGCCGAAGAGGCCUGGAAACGGCACAAGAUGAGGAACGACUCCUUCAUCGUGGACCUGUUCCAGGGCCAGUACAAGUCCAAGCUAGUGUGCCCUGUGUGUUCAAAGGUGUCCAUCACGUUUGAUCCCUUCCUCUAUUUGCCAGUCCCCCUACCCCAAAAGCAGAAAGUGCUGACGGUCUAUUACUUUGCCAAGGAACCACACAAGAAACCUGUUAAGUUCCUGGUGAGCAUCAGCAAAGAGAAUUCCACUGCCCUGGAGGUGCUAGACUCUGUGUCCCAUAGCGUGCGAGUGACUCCUGAUAACCUGCGCCUGGCUGAGGUAAUCAAGAACCGCUUCCACCGCAUGUUCUUGCCUUCGCACUCGUUGGACACGGUUUCCCCCACGGACCUCCUGCUGUGCUUUGAAGUGCUUUCUCCAGACCUGGCCAAGGAGCGUGUGGUGGAGCUGCAGGUCCAACAGCGUCCUCAGGUGCCCAGCGUUCCCAUCACCAAAUGUGCCGCCUGUCAGAAGAAGCAGCAGUCAGAAGAGGAGAAGCUGAAGCGCUGCACUCGGUGCUACCGUGUUGGCUAUUGCAACGUAGUGUGCCAGAAAACACACUGGCCCGACCACAAAGCUUUGUGCCUCCCUGAGAACAUUGGCUUCCCCUUCCUCAUCAGCGUGCCGGAGUCACGCCUCACCUAUGCACGGCUGGCCCAGCUUCUGGAAGGUUACGCGAGGUACUCUGUCAGCGUGUUCCAGCCGCCAUUCCAGGUGGGCAGGAUGUCGCCAGAGCAAGGCUUGCAGCACCAGCCUCCUGAGAAGCCAGAGGCGCUGGCCCGGAGCAGCAGCAGCGCCACAGUCGCGUCUGCCGCCGCCGCGGCUUCUGCCGCCGAUGAGGCCUCCACCGCCAUGGAGUCGGGAGACGGGGCCAGGGCCCCACAUCUGCCGCAGGAACCCCAGCCAUCUCUCUCGGCCCCUGAGCUGGGGGACGCCAGCGCUGUGAGAAGCAAGGUCCCCACAGGAAGAGGCUCGGGGCUGAGCUUGGAUUCGGGCUUCUCCGAGCCCUCCCUGGACACACGGGCUGACAGCUUUGUGGAAAGGGAGGGGCCCUUUGAGAGACUCCCCAAGCCGGAAGCUGCCAUCCCAGGUUACCAGCAUCCGGCUGAGGGGCUGAGUUCCCACGCUACCCAGUUCUACAUCAACAAAAUUGAUGCCACUAACAAAGAGCAGAAGCUGGAGGACAAAGGAGAUGUCCCUCUUGACCUGACCGAUGAUUGUUCUCUGGCCCUGGUUUGGAAGAACAACGAGAGGAUGAAGGAGUUUGUUCUGGUAGAGUCCAAGGAGCUGGAGUGCGUAGAGGAUCCCGGCUCUGCGAGUGAGGCAGCCAGGGCAGGGCACUUCACCCUGGAGCAGUGCCUCAACCUCUUCACCAAGCCAGAGGUGUUGGCCCCAGAGGAGGCCUGGUACUGCCCGAAAUGUAAGCAGCACCGUGAGGCAUCCAAGCAGCUCAUGCUGUGGCGCCUGCCCAACGUCCUCAUCAUACAGCUCAAGCGCUUCUCCUUCCGCAGCUUUAUUUGGAGAGACAAGAUCAACGACAUGGUGGAUUUCCCAGUGCGGAGCUUGGACCUGAGCAAGUUCUGCAUUGGCCAGAAGGAUGAGCAGCAGCUGCCCAUGUAUGACCUGUAUGCAGUUAUCAACCACUAUGGGGGCAUGAUUGGUGGACACUACACAGCCUAUGCGCGGCUGCCCAGUGACAAGAACAGCCAACGCAGUGAUGUGGGAUGGCGGCUCUUCGAUGACAGCACCGUCACCACAGUGGAUGAAAGCCAGGUGGUGACGCGAUACGCCUACGUGCUCUUCUACCGCCGACGAAACUCUCCAGUGGAGAGACCCCCACGGGGGCCACCGCAUCCCUCAGACCCUCGGGCCGACAUGGCCCCAUCUGCCGAGGCAGCAGCCAAUCAGGCUUCUCUGCUCUGGCAGGAACUGGAGGCUGAAGAGGAAGCUGCCAGGAGGCUGAUGAGGAGCCCUUGGAGGUCUUGCAGCCGAAGAACAAGGCACCUCGCCCCAGACUGUCCCGAUGAAGGCCGUGUCCGAUACUUUGUCCUGGGCACCAUGGCAGCCAUUGUGGCCCUCUUACUGAAUGUUUUCUACCCACUCAUCUAUCAGACCCGCUGGAGGUAGUAGCAGCAGCGGCAGAAACGGCACCCAGAAGGAGGGUAGCUCACUCGCCUCACCCUUGGCCCUCCUCCAAUUACACCUUUGCGACGAAGGCCUUGGAUGCUCCCUGCCAGGGUGGGUGCAAGAAGAAGCCCUAGUGCCAAUGCCUCCCCAUCAAGAAGCCCUCUCCUGCUUGGCCCGUGUCCCACAUGGAUUGGCAACCGGGAAAAGGCCCUUUAAAGCGCUGCGGCCUUGUAAGACUUUGGCCCGCGUGAAUCACAUCUGUGAACUCCAGCAGAGGUUGCAGAGCUACAGACAUUAGUCUCUCUAACUGGAUGGGAAUCUGUCAGUCUUGGCCACUCCCUGCCUUGCAAUUGCUCCUCUGUAUUGCGUUGACAGCUGCCCCCUGCCCUAUGUGCCUAGCAGUUGAAGGUCGUGACCUCUUACCCAGUUGGGCAUCAGCGCCGUGCUUGGAGGAAAAGAAGUCCCCCGGCAUCUGUUCCCUCAUUGUUUGAGGGAGUGAGAAUGUAUUGCUGACUCUUCCGAAUAUUGAUGGAUUAGGUUCCCUCACCAGGAUAGUGUUGGCUUUCAGCCAACUGCACCAUCAUCUUUUUUGUUUUGCUUUAUGGCAUCUUACAAAUCUUUCUAUCGAGACGUGAGACCACAGUUCAGCUAAAUGUUCUUUAGCACAGGGCCCCAGCUAAAGAGAAGACACUACUUCGACUUGCCUCGCAGCUCCCGUACCUGUUUCUGAAUGCUUAGGCAAUGUCUGUGUGCACACGAGGAAACAGAAGUGUUUCUCUGGCGUCAGAGUUGUGUGGCCUCAUGUUCUUUUAAUCUGGCCCUGCAGGCUGUGUGGCUUUUCCAGUGCAGUGCAGGAUCCCUCUGGUGCCUCUUUGACCACAGGUUCAAUCCUGAGUACCCCGAUUUAGGCUCUUGGCUGUGGCCAGAUAAGUAAGAGAGAGCUUGUGAUCCUAGAGCCCAGGUCUUAUUCUUCGCGACACCCCCUUCCUUGGUUUGUGUAUCAUUAUUGUUUGUUGUUAAUAUUAUACUCAUAAACAUUACGCAACUCUAACAUCAUCUUGCACAUUCUUCCCAGCACUUUUCAGAGAGGCUCCCCCGUCCCUUUCGUUGCAGGGAGGGAAAGGGAUAUGGCCUUGUCUCCAGUGCCCAGUUUUCAGGUUGUCUAGUGCUGGUACUCCUGCUGUGCCCCUGGAAGUGGGCAGUCUCUAGCCGCACCAGUGCCAAAGAGCACAGCCUGAUCCAUGUGCAAUUCUGGUGAGGACCUCCCGACCCUAAGGAAGUCAUCCUCUGCCAACUAGGUGGAUAAAGGCAUUGCAUUGUGCUGUGGGAAAGCUUUCACUGUGUAUUUAUUUAUUGUAUUUAAUAAACCUAAGCUGUUCUAAAGAGA